CCUGCGCACCAUCCACAUGUAUUCAAACCCUUUUAUAAAACAUUAUUGCACCCCGAACUGGCGUAGUCGCAAGUUUCGCGCAACCAUUUGGUGUUCCUGUCGCCAAACUGCCGAAUUAACAACGGAGCUUGGGGAUAAAUGAUGAGAACUCGUCCUCGUUCACACUUCUUUUCAGAAGGUGGCGGUAAUGUACUAAAUGUUGACGAAGAAGAAGAAGACGACGACAACGACAACCAGUGUCUUAGGAAGCUCUGUCGUGAUUUUGAUGAGAGCACCCGUAUAAUGUAUUUUACGUUAAUACCUCAUAGAUCAAUUAUGUGGACGAUAUCACUCAUUUGCUCAGUAGUGUAAACGGUAGCUGUCAGUGACUUCAAGCCAUCGGAAUCUGACUGUAACGGGUACACCACCUAGCACCCAUUUACUGGAUCUGAACAUGGGCCAAAGAAGGAAAGGAUGUGACCAGGUCCCUGCCCACUUCAAGCCUAACACUCCUCCUUCUACAACGCACACUCCUGACACACACUCUUCCAGCACACAUCGAGGUUCUGGCCAUGAGGAUUGUGUGAAGCACAGUAUCUGUAUGGUGUCUGAUUUUUUCUACCCCAACAUGGGUGGGGUUGAGAGUCAUAUCUACCAGCUCUCGCAGUGUCUAAUAGAGAAGGGCCAUAAGGUUGUCAUAGCAACACAUGCAUAUGGUGACCGCCGUGGAGUUCGCUACCUAACCAAUGGUCUCAAGGUGUAUUACCUCCCACUACAGGUGAUGUAUAACCAAUCCACAGCCACUACCUGCUUCCACAGCCUGCCUCUGCUCAGGUGUGUGUUUGUGCGUGAACGUGUGACUGUGGUGCACGCCCACAGCUCCUUCUCAGCCAUGGCUCACGAUGCUCUGUUCCAUGCCAAGACAAUGGGACUCAACACUGUCUUCACUGACCACUCACUUUUUGGAUUUGCUGAUCUCAGCUCUGUUCUGACCAAUAAGCUGCUGACUGUGUCUUUGUGUGACACCAACCACAUAGUGUGUGUGUCAUAUACCAGUAAGGAGAACACUGUGCUGAGAGCUGCACUCGACCCUGACAUUGUCUCUGUCAUCCCUAAUGCGGUUGACCCCUCUGACUUCACCCCUGAUCCAGGUCGCCGUGAUGACAGCAAGAUUACCAUUGUUGUAGUUAGCCGACUGGUCUACAGGAAAGGAAUUGAUCUGCUGGGGGGAAUCAUCCCAGAGCUGUGUGCCAAUCAUUCUGAUCUCUUCUUUAUAAUUGGUGGAGAAGGUCCUAAGAGAAUUGUUCUGGAGGAGGUUAGAGAGAAGUAUCAGCUUCAUGACAGGGUGCGUCUUUUGGGUGCUCUGGAUCAUAAGGAUGUAAGAGAUGUUCUUGUGCAAGGUCAUAUCUUCCUGAACACUUCACUGACUGAAGCCUUUUGCAUGGCAAUAGUGGAGGGUGCCAGCUGUGGCCUACAGGUGGUGAGCACUCGUGUUGGAGGUAUACCUGAGGUUCUUCCUGAUGAUUUGGUGACUCUGUGUGAGCCCACAGUUAGCUCCCUCUGUGCUGGCCUGGAGAAUGUCAUCGCGAGGCAGCGCUCAGGCAAUGUACUGUCUCCAGCAGCCAUUCACCGCCAGGUCCAAACUCUCUACACUUGGAGAAAUGUUGCUGAACGUACAGAGAAGGUAUAUGAUCAAGCAGGCAGGCAGCCUGUCUUGUCAUUGCCCGCUCGACUGCAGAGACUGCGCUCCCAUUGCGGUGCUGUGGCAGGUUCAAUCUUCUCCUUCUUUGCUGUCAUCAACUUCCUCUUCCUGCUGUUCCUGCAGUGGCUUCACCCUGAUCAGCUCAUUGAUGUUGCAAUGGAUGCAUCUGGCCCACACAGCUGCUGGAGGACAUUAAAGAAGGAAAAGCCUAAAGACCCAAAUUCUGCGGUCAUCUGAUGCUGGUAUACAUAACAAGACACUUAGAUUCUGGGCAGCUGGCAGUCCUGUAUUCAGAAAUAGUUGGGAUUAAACUUUUACUGAACAUUUCUGUUUACAUUCCAGUGAAAGGUGUCUUAAGACAUUAUAAGGAUCUUCCCUGUUACCAAAUAUGUCUAAAGAUCUGACUUGUUUGUCUAACCUCUGCUGGAGGAGAUGCACUGUGUUCACCUAUGGGAAUAUCCAUUUUUUCCUGUUGUAGCACAGGCUGUUAUUUUUCUAGGCAGUAAUGAAGGGGUGCCAUUCACUAAUAUCUUUUCAUAUCAGUGUACUGUUUACCUUAGUCAUUGCCUUUUAUUUUGUUCACUAGCUUAAGUACAUUUAAAACAUCAACAUAGUGUCUCUACUCAAAGAAAUAUAUCCUUCAUCUUGAGCUCCUGCUAUUAAUUUUGAUUUCAGCAACAUGCCUCCAAUCUCAACCUUACUUACUUCAAGCCUAUGUUGAAAUGGUCAUGUGUAUCCAGCAGCAUUAAAAGGGAAUAGCUAUUUUUUGUUGUUUUUUUUUUCCCCAAAAAUUUGCAUGUAUGUUUUGAGAUGUAUACAUGUUUUGAUGCAAUUUUUUUAUAAUGGUGGUGGUCGAAACUAAGCAUCACAAUACCUGCAAUGCAAAUAUAGCCAUUUCAUUAACCAACCAAAAUCACAAGUGGUACUAUAUGUAUAAUGUUUUUACAUGUAAUGUUGAUGUAAAAGAGUGGUAAAUCUCGGUCUGUUUUACCUUAUGUCACCCUGCAAGCACCUCUCCACCGUGAAUGGCUUUAAAAAUGUUUUAGGGCAAAACCCAAUCUAUAAACUAUCAUAAAAUAAUGGCAUGUCAUAACUUUCUGUGAGGGACUGUUUAAAGGACUAACUCUUCAGACUCUCCACCUGGUUCUUCACAAAGUUUCUCUUGAAUUGUGUUUUUUAAGCCGGAGUUUUAGUCUGAAGUCACUGUUGGAUGCUUUACCACGGAACAACUCUGGUUUAAUAGGGCUUUUAUAACUAAUUUAUUUCAAAUAGCCUCUUCUUUUGACUCCAUGUUUGCCUUGCCCAUUGUGCUAUUUUAUAAUUACAAAAUGUAUGAGAAUAUAAAUGUUUUUAUACUACUUUGAUAAAGGAAGCAUGUGCUCUGUGUUGCUGCUGAAAGUUUAAAUGAUACAGGGCUGACAGAUUAUCCCUAUUAAAAUGUACAAAACAUGG